UUCCUCUUCGUCUUUCUUAAUGAAUCGAGCGUUUCGCGGGACUUGCCGCCGGGGAGAGCCCUUAGGCUCAGCGCUUUAAAAAGGAGCUGCCGCGAAAGGACACUGUGAUGGGGAAAAGCUUUGCUCCAGCCUUGAGCCAACGUGGCCAGUCUAAACCGGUUUCCAGGCCAGGGGAACGGUCCCAGCAUGGGGAACUCCGACACGGAUCACAAGGCGUCCUACGAGGACGCGCCCGGGGAGCACGGGGACGUGCUCAGCACCAUCUCCAGCAGCAUGAACCCGCUGCAGCCGCCGGCCGCCGCCGAGGAGCCUUUUACCACCUACUUCGACAGCAAGAUCCCGAUUCCCGAGGAUGAAACGCAUUCCUGCUUUAGCUUCCGCAAGCUCUGGGCGUUCACGGGGCCGGGCUUUCUGAUGAGCAUCGCCUACCUGGAUCCGGGCAACAUCGAGUCGGAUUUACAGUCCGGGGCUGUCGCGGGCUUUAAGCUGCUGUGGGUGCUGCUGCUGGCGACAGUCAUCGGGCUGCUCCUGCAGCGGCUGGCGGCGCGGCUGGGGGUGGUGACGGGGCUGCACCUCGCCGAGGUCUGCAACCGGCAGUACCAGAAGGUUCCUCGGAUUAUCCUGUGGCUGAUGGUCGAGCUGGCUAUCAUCGGAUCCGAUAUGCAAGAAGUCAUCGGCUCCGCGAUCGCUAUUAACCUCCUGUCCAUGGGGAAGAUCCCGCUGUGGGGCGGCGUGCUCAUCACCAUAGCGGACACCUUCGUCUUUCUCUUCCUGGAUAAAUACGGCUUGCGGAAGCUGGAGGCGUUCUUCGGGUUCCUGAUCACCAUCAUGGCUCUGACGUUUGGCUACGAGUACAUCACGGUAAAGCCCAGCCAGGAGAAGCUGCUGCAAGGGCUGUUCAUCCCCUACUGCCAGAACUGCGGCACGGAGCAGCUGGAGCAAGCCGUGGGCAUCGUGGGCGCCGUGAUCAUGCCCCACAACAUGUACCUGCACUCCGCCUUGGUCAAGUCUCGGCAAGUGAACCGCGCGAACAAGCGGGAAGUCCAGGAAGCUAACAAGUACUUCUUCAUCGAGUCCUGCAUCGCCCUCUUCGUCUCCUUCAUCAUUAACAUCUUCGUCGUGACCGUUUUCGCUGAGGCUUUCUUCGAAAAGACCAACGCGGACGUGAGCGACGUCUGCAGGAACGCCAGCAGCCCCCACUCCUCGCUCUUCCCCAGUGACAACCAGACGCUGCAGGUGGAUAUCUACAAGGGGGGCGUCGUUCUGGGCUGUUACUUCGGCCCCGCCGCGCUCUACAUCUGGGCCAUCGGCAUCCUGGCAGCCGGCCAGAGCUCCACGAUGACGGGGACAUACUCGGGGCAGUUCGUUAUGGAGGGCUUCCUGAACCUGCGGUGGUCCCGCUUUGCCCGGGUGCUGCUGACCCGCUCGAUCGCCAUCACUCCCACCCUCUUCGUCGCCAUCUUCCAGGACGUCGAGCACCUGACGGGCAUGAACGACUUCCUAAAUGUUCUCAUGAGCCUCCAGCUGCCGUUCGCCCUCAUCCCGGUCCUGACGUUCACCAGCCUGCCCAGCGUCAUGAACGAAUUUGCCAACGGAUUGUUCUGGAAGGUCGGCGGUGGCCUCCUGAUCCUCCUGAUCUGCAGCAUCAACAUGUACUUCGUGGUGGCCUACGUCAUGUCCUUGAACCACAUGGCUCUGUACGUGGGCGCUGCGGUUCUCAGCGUGGUCUACCUGUCCUUCGUGGCCUAUCUGAGCUGGCUGUGCCUGGUCGCCCUGGGAGCCUCCUGCCUGGCCUGCGGGAAAACGCGCCACCUGGGAUUUGCCGCCCAUCCCGAACUUUUCCUCCUCAACAACGUGGACGCCGACGCACCCGUCGCCCGAUGAUUCCGGCUGCUGCGGCCGCAGGGAUGGAGCCGGCUCCGGUGGGAUCCUCCCAGUGCCGCAGGGACCCCCCCCUCCAUUGCUCCAGCUGAGCGCGGGACCAGCCACGCGGUUCGGGAGCGUGAGCAGAGCCCGGGAUUUCCUGGGAUUUCCUGGGAUUUCCCAGGGUGGCAGGAUCAGACCAUCCCGUGUGUGGUGAGACCUGCAGAGCCGGCGCCUGGCAUCGGCCGCAGGGGAAGAUCCCGGCUCCAAACCACGACGACACCGAUCCAGGGGGACCUUUGAGGGACCUCAAAAGUUUUCCCAAAUUUUUUUUCCCCCACUUUUUGUUUUUCCCCCUCCCAUAUAGUUGAUUGGAUCUGGGAAGGGAUUCGCUGAUGUUUUUCCCAAUUUCAAUUCUGAUUUCACCUGCCUGAUGGGUAGAUCUGCCGUGAUGUUUGGGGGUUUUGGGUUUUUUUCAGAAUUUGGGGAAAAUUCCAGGCUUGGAAAAUGGAGCAGGGGCAGAUUCAUUCCUGGAAAUUCUGUAGAGGGGAGUGGGGGGAUCGAGAGGAGCGGUGAUGGGAAGACAAGAGGAACACAGGAUUAUGUGUGUCCCCCAGUAAUUACAGCCAGUUUUCCCAUCAAACCUGCCCACAUCCCACCCCCCCUCGGGAUGGCCCCCUCCCCACGGGCAUUUUUCCCAGCCCGGCACCGGUUGGGGGUUGGUAUCCACCUCCACGGUGGAGCUGCUGUUGCAGAAUUCCAUGAAAAUCCCACAUUUGGCAGCCGGGCUCUGCCCUGCGCUGGCCUCUCCUGCGGCACCGAGCUCUUUUUCCGGCGUUCCCAGACAUUCCAGGUGCUGCCGGGAUCCUCCUGGAGCGGAUCCUCAAGUCAACAGGCUCCGGCAGCGACGCGCAUGUUCUGGAACCAUCAAAUCCCCGGAUUUUGGUGUUGGAAAAGACCUUUAAGUCCAUCGAAUCCAACCGGUAACCGAAAUCCACGGAGCCCACCGGGGAGCAGAUCCCUCAGGAUCACCGACACCUUGGGAUACCCCCAGGAACGACGGCUUCGCCACCUCCCCCAGCACUUCCUAACCCUGUCAGUGACGGAAUAAUUCCCAAAAUCCGGUGUAAACCUCCCCAGCACAACCUGGGGCCGGUUCUGCUCAUCCUGUCGCUUGUUCCAUGGGAAAAAGGUUUUUAUCCCCCACCCCCUCCGCUCUUUCCUUGGAUUUUGGUCGAUUUUCCCGAGCCCUGGAUGGGGAAUGGUCUUAGAUGCCAAAUGUUGCCUUUCCUUUAAUUAAAUCUGCUGGGUUCAUUAAAUCUUUUCCCAAUUAA